AUGGAGGGCUCCCGGCUGCCUCUCCCGUCCCUCCUCGGCCUCUUCGGCGCCCUCCUGAUGCUCUCCCUGGAGCUGCUCCUGGGGAUGCCCGAGGAUCUUUCCAAUGUGCCCGUCACUAAUCCGGGGGUGAGGAAAGCCCUGGCCUUCGCCGUAGAGCAAUACAACCAGGACAGAGAGGACAGCGCCAACUAUUUCAAGCAGCUGCGCGUUCUGAAGGCGCAGUCCCAGGUGGAUAAGAGGGACGAAUACCAUCUUAAGGUGGAGUUGAUGAAAACAGAAUGUAAAAAGAACGCCAAUAAGACAAAGACAUAUAAGAAGAUCCAGAAAUGUAAGCCACUUCAAGGAAAUCAGGAGAGGCCAACCUGCUACUUUAAAGUUAUACCUGGCUCUCCGCCGAAUGAAAUGAACUUGGCAAUCAGCACCUGUACCUGAGCUGGACCUCCGCAGGACCUCUUCUGCUCCGGCUAAGGAUUCUGAGGGUGUCCAGCAGCCGAGCAACAUCUGGGGUGCAAGCUGGCUUCACACCAAGCUCUGCUUCUUCUGGCACCAAUCAAGAAUGAGACGGUUUCCUUCAGCCCAAAUUCCCAUCUUCUGCGUUUCUGAAAUGAUUCCUUGACAUCCAGGGAGGCCUUUUCCUGCCCUUCUCCUCUUUUUUA